AUGAUAGCUUGUAGGCGACGCAUGAUUUUCCUUCUGAACAUUGUCAGUCUUCAAUUCGCAAUCCCCGUAGUACUUGUCAGCAAGUCCAUGAAACCAACUAGAAUCGUCGCUGCCGUUGUUGCUCUAACCACUCUGCACAGAGUAGACGCUGCCAGCAAAGAUAGCUGCGCACCCAUCGACUUCACAACCAAAGAAGCAGAAUUUGCUGACUUGGAUGACGCGAUCAAGACCACUGCUGUAGGUAAACUCCUGGGAUCAGUAGUCGGUGAAAUCGACCCACUAACGCGCGAGAAUAUCGAGUUGCGAAAUUUCAGCUACUCUGCUAUGGGCAAAGAUAUGAUCAUCUCGACCUCGGUUCAAUCGAUUACAAUUGAAGGACUCAGCGCCUUUGAACCCGUUCAUAUCAACGUGACUUCUGCAAAUUCUAUCUCUAUUCGCACAUCUUCGCAAGACCAGGUGACUAUCGACGCAGUCUUGGACGUCUAUAUUGACACAAUGGAUGUGACUAUUAACACCAAAGUUAAUUGUGUACUCGAGAAGCCGGUGCUUUCGGUCGACGUCGAAGCCAACCUUCUUGAGUGCGCAAAGGGUAUACCUGCUUCGCAAUGUUCAGACCUGACCGUCCAGGGACUUCAGUCUGAACUAAAGAAGGCGGUAACCCGGUCGAAUUAUGUGAGCAUAAUGAAGGAAGUACUGAUGAAGGUUGAGAAUGCGUCAGUCUCUGAUUUUUCGCUCGACUUUGAGUCCAUUUCGGAUGUCUCCGUAGACUAUGAUAGCCCUGGAUUUUGGACUCGGCAAUUUUUAAAGGUCGUUCCGGAAUACUCAGCCGACGACAUUAACUCGAACGACGAGAGCUACACCAGAGUUGUGUCGAUUGUGAACAAGCAUGCUCCUUCGAUUCUAAACUCUUUGAUCGACUCCUUCUUACAGCCUUUGUUCGGUGCGACUUGCAUUUCAGAAAAUUAG